AUGUUCACGUCCCAUUGCGACCUGUCGCACUGUUUCGAGGAAGUCAGUUCUGGACAGCUCAAGACAAAGGUCCAUGGAGACUUUCUCCCAACGCAUUUUCUGGGCAAGUUCGCCAUUGUGUUCGCAUUCUUGCGCCAAUUGUAUCUGGUACUGGUUCUCAUUGUCACAGGCACGCUGAAGAGCUCGGACGUACUUUUCGCCGACCAGUUGUCGUACUGUCUGCCAUUGAUCUAUCUUUUCAAAGGCCCAAAAACAAAAGUGAUUUUCUACUGCCAUUUCCCAGAUAAACUGCUUGCGUCGCACUCGGGAUUUGCCAGACGGGUUUACCGUGCCGUUUUUGAUACCAUCGAGGAGUUUUCCAUGGGGUUCGCAGACAAGAUCUUGGUGAACUCCAACUUCACCAAAAAGACAGCUAGCAGCGCUUUCAAGAGCCUCAAACCGGAGUCGCUCGACGUGUUGUACCCGUGCGUCGGCGACAUCCGGCUGAACCAGUCCUCAGUGGAUGAGGUAUCUGAGUUCUUUAAAGAAGAACCGUUCUUCCUGUCGGUGAAUAGAUUCGAGCGCAAGAAGAACAUCUCUCUGGCAAUUCGAAAGUACCACGAGUUCAUCUGCAACACAAAGUCCAACCACAAACUGGUCAUCGCGGGUGGAUACGACGCACGCGUAUUCGAGAACGUAGACUAUCUGAUCGAGCUGGAAAGUCUAUGCAAGCACCUCAAACUGUCGUCCAUCACCAUCCGUGGAAAGCUUAUUGUUGCUCCACGCAACACACAGGUGUUCUUCUUACCAUCCAUCAGCACAGACCUCAAGAACGCGCUCAUCAAAAACGCCCAGAUGCUCGUUUAUACUCCGUCGUUCGAACAUUUUGGAAUCGUUCCUGUGGAGGCCAUGAAGCUCGGCACUCCGGUGCUGGCCGAAGCCACCGGCGGACCAACAGAAACAGUUGUUCCGUACGACAACAAGGAUUUCACCGGUUACCUUGUUGGCCCAACAGAGGACCGUUGGGUGGAGUACCUAAACCACGUCGAGUCAUUGUCUGCUACAGAAAAACGGCAACUGGCUCUUAGAGCCCAGCAACGGGCACAGAGUCUGUUCUCGUUCGAGGCGAUGGCACAGAGCCUGAACCAUGCCAUUGAGCACUGUACGCCAGCAACCGUCAACUUCACAGCACUCCUCUACCUGAGCAUUCUGCUGGGACUGGUGGUUCCUAUCAAGUUUGCGAUAGAUAGAUGA